AUGGCUGAACAAAUAAGUCAUAAGAAAUCGUUGAGGGUGAAUCGAUUAAGUAAAGAUAGACGUCAAUUAUUGAAAGAAUAUUAUAAUUUAGAUUCCGAUGCCAAUUCUCAAAUUGCCAAUCCACCUCCAACUAUUGGAGAUAAUAAAGCGGAUGAAGAAGUAAUGACAUCAAUGGAAACGAUACGACCGAUGGAGGAAGGUGAAGAAGGAAGUGAAGAAGGAGAACGAAGGACGAUGAAAGAGGGGGAUGAAGAAGGGAAAGAAGAAGGUGAUAGGACAUCUAGUGAGGAUGCCGAAGGGAGAAAAGAUAGAACCAGUGGAUUGAGUGGCUCGACAUCCACACCGUUAGAGGAUAAACCUAUUAGUGAUUUAACAUUUAAAGAAUUGAUACAUAUUCAUAACAGUUUACUUAAGAGGGAAACUGAGACGAAUAAUUCUAUUAAGAAUACUAUUUAUGACAACUACUAUGAUUUGAUCAAAGUGAAUAAUUUGUUGAAGGAUGUUGUUAAACAAGGACAAGGUCAAGAGAUAAUGGAGUUGAAAAGAUGCAUCGAUUUGUUGAAUGCUUAG